AUGUCGGGGAAAGUGAAGGUUCGAGCGGCUGCCAAUGCCGAGUCCAUGUCAGGAGCCGUGUCCGUGAAUGAGAGAAUCCUGAGAGACUGCCAUAACCUGUACACUGAGCCUGACAAUGGUCUCAUCUCUCUGGCCGCUCACCUGGGUGUCACCUUCCUUCCUCCCCGUAAGAAGAUCACGGUGAUGUUGAUGGGAAAUCAUUCUGCCGGGAAGAGCAGCUUCAUUAACUGGUACAUCGAGGAGCAUAUCCAGAGGACGGGAGUCGCUAUCGAGACACAGGGGUUCACCUUUAUCACCAGUGGCCGCAAGAGAGAGACGCUGACUGGAGAUGCCACCCUUCACCUGUAUCCUCACUUCAAACCUCUGCAGUCCUUCCAAGGCGUUUCCGAAUACCUCUGCACUGAGAUCUCCACGUCACGCCAGAAGAAGUUCAGCCUCGUCACCUUUGUGGACACUCCGGGGCUGGUAGAUGGAGACAUGAAGUACCCCUUUGAUGUGAAUAACGCCCUCCUGUGGUUAGGAGAGCUGUGUGACCUGGUGCUGGUUUUCUUUGACCCUAUGGGUCAGGCGCUGUGUAAACGCACCCUGGACAUUGUGGAGAAGAUCAACGAAAAACACGGCGAUAAGCUACGCUUCUACCUGAGCAAAGCGGAUGACGCCGGAGGAGAGAGCGACCGCCAGAGGGUGUUGAUGCAGAUUGUACAGGAGUUGUGCAAGAGACCCGGGCUGAACAAAUGCGGCUUCGACAUGCCAACGAUUUACAUCCCCAACCCCAACAAGUCAAGCCGCUGUGUAAAUCAGAUUGAAGAUGUGUGUAAAACCAUAGAGAAGACCAUCACCCAGACAGUCCAGACUACACUGAACACACUCGGCAGGGACUGCCAGAAGAUGACGGAGAGCAUUGAGAACGCCCUGCAGGAAGAUGACCAGACGGUCUGGAGGAACCGGCGCUCCCGGGUUCGGGGAUGUCUCUUCGGUCUCUCUGGUUUUAUUCUCCCACUUUUCCUCUUUGCUUCUGCCCUGUUUGGAUCCAUCCCAAAGCCUGUCUGGGUCGGGUUGUUGGGCACCUCAGGAGCUGAAACCCUGGCAGUAUACCUGUCUCCCUUCGAAACCAUCUGGUCCUUGGUGCCGGAAGACUACAUGCUUUAUACUUUCCUGACUCUCGCACUGCUGGCCGUCCUGUUCCUGCUGUUGGCCCAGAGGUGCUUCAGGACACGGCCGACUCUAAGCAAGAAACAGCGGCGAUUCCUACAAGACCGCGAUGCGUAUAUUGGUGAAGUGGUUGUUGAGAAAAAGAAACAACUGUAUGAAGAGUAUCUAAAGCAGAGUGUGGGUGAGCAUGACAUGAGCUGA